AACGUUGCCGUGAUUCUUCUGCUUAGAUAUACUCUUGACAAUUACAUAAAAUAUCCGUGAAAGAAUUAAAUUGUCGCCGUCUUCCGUUGACCGUCGUCGGUUGUUCAAUUGUAAUCUGUGAUGCGCGUUCUAUUUCUUUCUCCCCGUGGUUCACAUUUAUGUAAACAAUCAAGUGCUUCAAAAUUGAUAUUAGUUAUUAACAUUCUUUGAUUAUAUUCGAAAUAAUUUGUUUUACUCGAGUAAUAUUGAGUGUAACUGUUAUUUCUUAGAAGUUGUUUCAUAGUUAUUGAUUCUCAUUAGCUAUGGAAGUGGACGAGUUCGAUUCUGGUCGUUCAUCGUCUACUAUUUCGUCAAUAAACAGUUUGUUUUCUUUUACUAGCCCCGCCGUUAAAAAAUUAUUAGGAUGGAAACAAGGCGAUGAAGAAGAAAAGUGGGCAGAAAAAGCAGUUGAUGCCCUUGUCAAGAAACUGAAAAAAACCAAAGGUGCCAUAGAAGAACUGGAAAAGGCAUUAAGCUGCCCAGGGCAGCCUAGCAAAUGUGUUACUAUCCCUAGAAGUCUAGAUGGCCGGUUACAGGUUUCUCAUCGUAAAAGCUUACCACAUGUUAUUUAUUGUCGUGUAUGGCGAUGGCCUGAUCUCCAAACACAUCAUGAACUCAAACCAUUAGAUCAUUGUCAAUUUCCUUUUUCUACACAAAAUAAACAAAAGGAUGUUUGCAUUAACCCUUAUCAUUAUAAGAGAGUUGAGAGCCCUGUCUUGCCACCUGUAUUGGUACCUAGGCAAAGUCAGCUACCUCCCAUGAUGUUUCGCCAAAUGCCUGAAAAUCUUCAAUAUAAUAACUAUAACCAAAGUCCAAAUUCUCCUUCAUCGAGUCCUCCACCAAACAGCCCUUUUCAAAGUAGUGCUUUAUCAGAAAUUGGUGGCUCACCUAGACCAGAUGAAAAAGCUAUGAGUCCUGUCUCAGGAACUCAAGUGAUGUAUCAGGAACAGGCAAGUUGGGCCAGUAUAGCCUAUUAUGAACUUAAUAGUAGAGUUGGUGAACUGUUUCAUUGUCAGUCCCCAGUUGUUGUUGUUGAUGGAUUUACAAAUCCUAGUAAUAAUUUAAACAGAUUUUGUCUUGGUCAACUUUCCAAUGUUAAUAGAAACCAAACAAUUGAAAACACACGGAGACAUAUUGGAAGAGGUAUUCAAUUGCAUUAUAUUGGAGGAGAAGUAUAUGCUGAAUGCUUAUCAGAUUCGGCUGUUUUUGUACAAUCCCGUAAUUGCAAUCAUCAUCAUAAUUUUCAUCCAUUAACUGUUUGUAAAAUUCCUGCUGGUUGUUCAUUACGUAUUUUUAAUAACCAACAAUUUGCUACAUUGCUUACAGAAUCUGUAAAUUCUGGUUAUGAAGCUGUAUUUGAGUUGACUAAAAUGUGUACAAUCAGAAUGUCUUUUGUAAAAGGCUGGGGUGCAGAAUAUCAUAGACAAGAUGUUACUAGUACACCAUGUUGGAUAGAAAUACAUUUAAAUGGGCCACUUCAGUGGCUUGAUAAAGUUUUAUGUGCAAUGGGAUCACCUCACAAUGCUAUUUCAUCUGUUUCUUAAAUCAAAUAAAUUAACAAUAAUAAAAUUUGUAUUAUUAAUUUAUAUAAGUAAAAUGAUUCACGUGACUUUUAUUAAUAAGUUGAAUUUUUUAUUAAAAAAAAACACUAUUUUUUAUGACAAUUAAUUGUUAUUUUUGUAGAAACAAAAGUUAAUAUGUAUAUACAACUAUUAAUGCAUAAAAUAAACUCUUUUAUGAUAUAUAUUUUAUAUAAAGUGUAUUUUUGUGUGUAAUUAAAUAUGAUUAAUUUUUGUGUUAUUA